CGCCGCGGUUUCCUGCACUCGCUUGGUUCUACUGUGGGUCUGAACUGGACCCCAUGCCCUACUGUGGGGCUUCUGCAGCCUUUGGACUGUGAAGACAGAUUUUCAAUCCAGUCACAUAAGGAUAAUAAAGAAAUAUCAGUCCUCAUGGAAGAAGAAGAUUUACCAGAGCAACCAAUUAAAAAAGCCAAGAUGCAGGAAUCAGGAGAGCAAACUUUAAGUCAAGGAAGCAACCCAGAUGUCAGUGAUCAGAAACCUGAAACAUCAAGCCUUGCUUCAAACCUUACCAUGUCGGAGGAAAUUAUGACAUGCACCGAUUACAUCCCUCGCUCAUCCAAUGAUUAUACCUCACAAAUGUAUUCUGCAAAACCUUAUGCACAUAUCCUCUCAGUUCCUGUUUCGGAAACUGCUUACCCUGGGCAGACUCAGUACCAGACACUACAGCAGUCUCAACCCUAUGCUGUCUAUCCUCAGGCAACCCAAACAUACGGACUACCUCCUUUUGGUGCAUUGUGGCCAGGUAUGAAACCUGAAAGUGGUUUAAUUCAGACUCCAUCUCCAAGUCAACACAGUGUUCUUACCUGCACUACAGGGUUAACCACAAGCCAGUCAAGCUCAGCACAUUAUUCUUAUCCCAUUCAAGCUUCAAGCACAAAUGCCAGCCUGAUAUCCACUUCAUCUACAAUUGCCAAUAUUCCAACAGCAGCAGUUGCCAGCAUCUCAAACCAGGACUAUCCCACCUAUACUAUUCUUGGACAGAACCAGUACCAGGCCUGCUACCCCAGCUCUAGCUUUGGAGUCACAGGUCAGACUAACAGUGAUGCCGAGAGUACCACAUUAGCAGCAACCACAUACCAGACAGAUAAGCCUAGUGUCAUGGUACCUGCGCCUGCAGCACAGAGACUUUCCUCUGGAGACCCUUCUACAAGCCCGUCUUUGUCCCAGACUACACCAAGUAAAGAUGCUGAUGAUCAGUCCAGGAAAAACAUGACUGGCAAGAACCGGGGCAAGAGGAAAGCUGAUAGCAGUUCUUCCCAGGACAGUGAAUUGGAACGGGUAUUUCUGUGGGACUUGGAUGAAACCAUCAUCAUCUUCCACUCCCUUCUUACUGGAUCCUAUGCCCAGAAGUAUGGAAAGGACCCAACAGUAGUGAUUGGCUCAGGUUUAACAAUGGAAGAAAUGAUUUUUGAAGUGGCUGAUACACAUCUGUUUUUCAAUGACUUAGAGGAGUGUGACCAGGUACAUGUGGAAGAUGUGGCUUCUGAUGACAAUGGCCAAGACUUGAGCAACUACAGUUUCUCAACAGAUGGUUUCAGUGGCUCAGGAGGCAGUGGCAGCCAUGGUUCCUCUGUAGGUGUGCAAGGAGGUGUGGACUGGAUGAGGAAACUGGCUUUUCGCUACCGAAAAGUGAGAGAAAUCUAUGAUAAGCAUAAAAGCAAUGUGGGUGGCCUCCUCAGUCCUCAGAGAAAGGAAGCACUGCAGAGAUUAAGAGCAGAAAUAGAAGUUUUAACAGAUUCCUGGUUAGGAACUGCAUUAAAGUCCUUACUUCUCAUCCAGUCCAGAAAGAAUUGUGUGAAUGUUCUGAUCACUACCACCCAGCUCGUUCCAGCCCUGGCCAAGGUUCUCCUAUAUGGACUAGGAGAAAUAUUUCCUAUUGAAAACAUCUAUAGUGCUACCAAAAUUGGUAAGGAGAGCUGCUUUGAGAGAAUUGUGUCAAGGUUUGGAAAGAAAGUCACAUAUGUAGUGAUUGGAGAUGGACGAGAUGAAGAAAUUGCAGCCAAACAGCACAACAUGCCCUUCUGGAGGAUCACAAACCAUGGAGACCUAGUAUCCCUCCACCAAGCUUUGGAGCUUGAUUUUCUCUAAGAACUGGAAUGAGGAGCUUCCCCGUUUGCUCCUUUUCCCUCCAGAAGGGAGCUAGAGACCGGAACCAGCUGGGGACUCUCUGUCUCUGUGGGUCUCUCUCUCUUUCGUUUUCUCCAUGGAAUACUGGCAAGAACACAAUCAGAACCAACAGCUGCGGUUUUUGCUAAGAGUGAGCCAUAGCCUCAUGUUCAUCCUCGUACAGAAGAAGGAGACAGUUGGAUAGAGAGAACAGUAGACUUACUGCAGCUACAGUACUUUUAAUUCUUCUGUGUUUUGUUUCAAAAAAUGAAGAAAAAGAAAAGGAAAUUCCUCGAGCAGAGUUACACGCUUAGUCCAUGACCAGAUCGAGAACUGCUAUUAACUUGAGGUGAUAGGAAAAAUGCGCAGACUUUAUAAUAACAUUUCUUGCAGUCUUUAGAAUCUCGUUAGCUGUAGAACUCAUUUCCAGUGAAUAUGUAUAUUAUUUUUAUAGGUAAGGGUCUGGUCUUUGAAGCAGGUUUUCCCCCCUUUCUUUUUCUAGCAAGAAAAGGGCGUAUAAAGUUUCCUUGAAAAUAAUAAUUGAAAUAUCUAAAAUACCUCUUUGAGACAGUAGCACCUCUUUAGCUGCUCCAGUGGUCUGCUCUCUAGGAUGGUUCCUUUCCCGUUCUUCCAUCUCCUAGUUUGCUGAGCUGUGGGGCACUGGACACUGAUUAACUUUUGUCUUUGGCAUUUUCCAUCAUAGACGCCUUAGUCCCCUUUCCAGUCACGCUUCCUCUUUAACCAAAUGGCACAACCCUAGAAACUCUUUCUCUUAUACUAUAAAUUCUAACCCUUCAGUUUGACUCAUAUUCAAGGACUGUGUCCCAGGAGGCUUAGCCUCCAAACUGGAGAGAAGGGACGAAGGCUUCUUAGGAAUUUCAUCUUCUUUGGCUCUUGAGACAGGAAGAAUCUACCUAUUCUUCCUGCAAAGAUGCACCCUUUCCCCAUUAGAUGCUCACCCCUGCAGUCUCUCCCUUCUUAGUCAUCAAGUACUAGACUCUUGCCUUUUUCCUGCCCUCUGCACCUCCCAUCCACCUCCAUGCAGCUCUGGCCAGUCCCUGGAUAUUGGACCUAAGAAGUCAAAUCAAGUCUAAGAACAGGCUUAUAACUACAUUUUGGCCAAAACUACCAAUGUAUUGGACUUCCUUUGUGGAAGCUCUUAAGCCAUAUGAAAGGGUAUCCUGGGCAUAUAGUUACUUAGAUCUCUGCCUGAAACUGAAAAGAAGAUUGCUGUAAUCAAAACCCAGUUUCCCUUGGAACACCCCUCUUCUCAUAUCCCAUUCUAAAAUGGGAAACCAGAAGGCCAGAAAGACUUUGCUGAUUUAAAUGAGGAUGCUGGAUCCUCCAGUUCGUUCCUGAAAAUUUAAUCUUGGGCCAAAUGCAGGAACAUCUCUCAGCUUGACCUCUGGGAAGAUUGGUGGGUCCCCAUGCACUGGCCCCAACCUUUCAGCCCAGCUGUGUUUGUUGACUGCCUUAUCCCUCCAAGACCAACUUGGGCAUCUGCUGAGGCAGGAUAAACUUCCCUAGAGCUGAGGAAGUUUAUCCUCUCCCAGGCUGCACAGAGAAAGAUGAUUAUAUAAGCACCUCAGUCUUGGUCCUCAGUAGGACCUACUCCAGCUAUAAUUUCUUGUCCCCAGAGAUUCUGCAUACCCAUUUCCAGAGCUGUUGCAGCACAAAGAGGCAAGAAUCCUUCCAAUGCCAGAUAGCAACAGAGAAAGGCUGAUAUACACAUUCCUUCAGAACUGAUUGCAAAAGUGCUGCAUGACUCACAAUUAGGGAAUACGCUUUUGGAGAGGGGCUGAAGUCAGUGCUCCAUUACUUAACUGCCUCUUUUGUCUUGUUUCCUUGUGGGAUGGGAGGAGUGAAAUGUAGUCGGCAGACCUUCUCUUGGUCUGUAUUCAGCAUAGUAGCCCAGAUGCUGCUCUGCCUUGCUUGAUGGUUGAUCUUAGAAAGCUCUAGGAUGGUUGUACUUUGAGGCCUCAAACCCUAUUGGUUUCUUGCUCUGGACAAAGGCCACCCUGUUGGUGCUGUGCUCAGGCUUGUAUGGCUAUAUCAUGCACACAGCACAAACACUUCUCUCUCCCCACCCUUUGGGAGCUCUUUAUCCUUAAAAUAUGACUUGGAUUCCUUUCAAUUGCCUUUUUCCUCUUGCCCUGACUGCCUAUCUUAGCUCUUUCCAAAAGGAACUUGAACUUGGCCAAGAGAGUUGAGGAGGCUCUCUGAGCAGAGCAUCUUCUGCUCUUUUCUGGUCACUGCCACCCUUAUUUAGAGGGCAGACAGAAAACAGGAGCUUCUUGGCCCAUCUUUCUGAAAUGAAUUGACCAGGGAACAAAGAAUUCUUAUCCCUGGCACAAACAUCUGGAAAGAAAAAUAAGUGGGCAGCAUUAAGAGCUGCUGGAAGCUGAGGGUCAAAGGAUACUGUGGGUUCAUUCAUCAAGUUGUAAGCCCUAUUUAAUAGAAAAAGUCCCCCUGAAAUAAGCCAAAUGAUGAGUCCUUCCCCAGGUGGGCACUGUGGAUUUCAUAAGAUGGGUCUGUACAUUUCGUGGUGAAGACUAUCUCUAGUAGUGGAUCUGGAGUUGUCAGGUGUGUCCUGAGUUUUGGAGGUGGCUUGACUUUCGAAUGUAAAACUGACUGUGCCUUAGCAUCACCCUGUCCAGUGUGCCUUGGGCAGCUGUGGUGUCCAGGAGAAUAGAUGCCUCCUCCAGAUUUAGAUGCCUAUUUAGGCUUUUAUUUGAUUUGGGGUGUUCUUGUUUUCUGCUCUACAAGUUUGGGGGGGGGAGGGCAUAUUUAGUGUCCAAAGAGACUUGUGCCACAGCUUGUUCACAGUUUAUACAAACUCAGCUUUAAAGCUCCAUGUAGAAUCUGAUUGGCACACUCCAGCUGCAGCAUAUGGAGCUUCUAGAUGUUCACUACCUUGAAUGGGUGUCAGUGCCACUGAACCACAGGAGAGAGGAGAACAGGGGCAGAGCCAUGUCUCCCUCUACCUGGGAGAGUUAUACUCUGGGCCAAGGAGUGGUGAGCUUGGGGGCUUCCUCUCACUCACUCCUCACCCCUCCACAAGGGGGCAGUUAGGCCCCCUCUUAAGCAUGCUUCUAUUUCCUACCACUCAGUUGGUUUCCUUUUUCAUCCAAAAGUUAGAACUCCGCAGAUAUUCACACUAUAGAAGCCAAAUAUGAAUUUUUUGAGAUUCUAAAAUAUCUUAAACUACAGAAGAGCAUCUAGUUCUGUCCCAGCCUCGAUCAGCAAGCCAUCUGUCCCUUCCUCUCCUCUGAGUUGGACAGCUCUAGCAAGCAAAUCUCCUUGGCUAGCUCCUAAUGCACUGACGGGAGCCAUCCCAUUAAGGACGACUUCUACUUCAAAGCACGACUCUCCCUCUGGACUUCAGAUGCCUCUUUUAGUAGGAAAAGUCAUUGCUUGGAUUGGAUAUAUUUAUAUGACUGCGGGCAUUCGUGGCUGUAGAAUCCUUGACCAUAAUGUUAUAUGUAAUGGGAACUAUCUUAUAAACUUGAAAAAAAAUAAAGGUUUUAUUUUCUAUA